AUGCCUAGCACAAAUGAAUCAUACCUACAAGCUGCUAAUAUCAAAAUUAAAAUAAAUAAUUUCAACAUCACAAUUUCUUCAGCCUACUUCCCUCCAAACCAACCCAUUUCCGAACCUAAAAUUCAUUCUUUUUUCCAUAGCUUAGGCAACUUUCUUAUAAUUGGAGGAGAAGCUGUUCGCCAAUUAGCUGUGUCAUUCAACACUAAUGAAGGUGAAAUACAAAGAAAAUUACACGGUUUAAGAAACCAACAUGCUGGCUAA